UUGUGGAUCUUAUUUUUGCUGUCCUGAUAUCUGUGAAAAAAUUUGGACGUGUAAACCACUAUGGAUAAUUUUCACUGAAAAAAAAAUAAUUAUGGCGGAUUGCAAAUCAAUAACAGGAUUUAAUCGAUGUUUUCGUUGUUGUAAUGCCACAGCCAUGAUAUAUUUAACAGCGACAUUGUCUACACUUGUCCUGUUAAAUAUUAUCACUGCCUCUUCCCGUCUAAAUACAAUCUGGACAUUGAGCAAAGCAUUGAAUGAAGCUGUUUCAAAACUUAACAUGGAGUCGAGUGAAAUUCAUAACAAAAGUACUGAGGGAAAUCCGAAUUUAAAAAUUACAAUUUCUGUUAGAAGAGGACCCUCUACAUCUAAACAACUUCUCACAACCAAAGAAGUUAAAAUUAUGGAGAAAAAGGGAAACACAGCGAAAGAGAAACCAUCAAAUAAGGAGAGGCCUUUAAACUGCACUUCCUGUUUCCCGCACAAUUAUUCCUAUAUUUUGGACAAUGAAGAUAUUUGUAAACCUACAGAUACAAGUCAAACAGUGGAUAUAAUCGUGCUAAUUUGUACUAUCCACUCAAAUAGAGAGAGACGAAAGGCUCUCAGAGAAACCUGGCUUACUCAGACCAAGAAAAACGAAGGCAGCAUACGAUAUGUGUUCCUCUUAGGAAUGACCUCGAAUAAAAAACUUCAGGUAGACCUUGAAACGGAGAGUGCUACCCAUCGAGAUAUUGUUCAGGAAGAUUUUAUAGACAGCUAUAAUAAUUUAACUUUAAAAACUAUAAUGGGAUUUAAAUGGGCUAGCAUCAAAUGCAAAAAUGCUAAAUUUGUAAUGAAAACAGACGAUGAUAUGUUUGUGAGUUUACCAGCGUUAAAACUGGCUCUUAAGAAGUAUGACAGUGUUCUUCAAAGGUCAAUUGGGGGUAACUGUCGACUGAAUGAAGGCCCCAUUCGCCAAAAAGGCUAUAAAUGGUACGUUCCUAAAGAAAUGUACCCUCAAUCCAAAUAUCCGGGUUUCUGUUCCGGUACUGGAUAUGUCACUAGUAUGACUGUUGUCCAGAAAGUUUACGAUGUUUCCCGACAUGUCCCUUUCUUUUACUUAGAGGAUGUUUAUGUAGGUCUUUGUAUACACAGACUUGGUAUGAAGUUCACGCAAAUCCCCGGCUUUAACGCAGUACGUAUUCCGCUUGGUUGUAAUUACAAAAAUUCCAUUAUAAUCACUUCCCAUCAACUUGACCCAAGAUCUCUUCGUGAAGUGUGGAAUUUAAAGUGCAAUGAUACUAUAUUUUAACCAUAUUGUAUUUAGUCAUAUUUUUAAUUUUGAAUGUUUUUAUUAAAAUGAAUUUGUGAAAAUUCAGUCAUAUUGUAACAGUUUUAACAUAAGCUAGCUCAGAUUUACA